CUGAUGUUUACUGUGUGACGGUUAAGCACACACCUUUUAUUUGAGAUGGAUUCAGAGGCGCGUGACAAGCAAAAAAGGGAUUUGGUCCUUUCCAAUUCAAAGCAAGACUUAAAGCGUCAUAAACUAGUUAUAGGAACUAGUAAACAUUAUGUGUGUGGCUACUUUGCUGCCUUUACAAACGUUGCAAUCACCUUUCCCAUCCAGAAAGUGCUCUUCCGACAACAGCUGUAUGGACUAAGAACCAGAGAUGCUAUAAGACAACUAGAGAGGGAUGGGAUCCGCAACUUGUACAGGGGGAUACUCCCCCCACUGGUGCAGAAAACAACAACUCUCGCCCUGAUGUUUGGCCUUUAUGAGGACUUCUCCAGCCUUUUGCUAAGGCAUACAAAUUCUCCUGAGAUUGUUACAAAGAGUGUAGCAGCAAUCCUUGCAGGAACGACAGAAGCCAUACUUACGCCUUUUGAGAGAAUUCAGACUUUGCUGCAGGAUUACAAACAUCACAAUCGAUUCACUAAUACUUUUCAGGCCUUCAAAGUGCUUCGGCCCUAUGGACUUGGGGAGUAUUACCGUGGUUUCGUUCCUAUAUUGGUCCGCAAUGGACCAAGCAAUGCUUUAUUUUUUGGUCUUCGCAAGCCAAUCAAAGAGUGUUUGCCGGAAGCUAAAAGCUAUAGUGCUAACUUGAUCAAUGAUUUCAUCUGUGGUGGACUGCUUGGAGCCAUGUUGGGAUUUCUCUUUUUCCCCUUGAAUGUGGUGAAGGCCCGCAUGCAGUCGCAGAUUGGAGGCGAAUUUGUCUCCCUUGGAAAAGUCCUUAUGACCAUAUGGACAGAACGUGAUGGAAAACUGACCCACCUAUUCCGUGGGGCCCAUCUAAACUAUCACAGAUCCAUUCUGUCUUGGGGUAUCAUCAAUGCAACAUAUGAGCUGUUAUUGAAACUAUUCUAAGGUGGACUGUAAGAGCCUACCCUAUUAUAUGUUUUUCUGCAGACUAGGGAUCAAAUUUAUUACAAAACCAAAUAGAAGAUUGUAUGUAUACACCACUAAAUAUUACUGCUGAUCUUUUUAUCUCUGUAUGAACAGGCAGGUGGUUCAAAAUACUAUUAAGUCUUCAUGUUGGGUUAACAAAGUGCCUGUCUGUUCUUUUUGUGUAAGUGAAAGCUUUUUUUUUGCUGACAGAGUAAUAUGACUGUAUACAUGCUUGGUUAUUGCCAUCAGAAAGCUUUAUAUAUCUGAGCUUUAAAGUAUGCAGUCUGUUCUUUGGUCUCAGGAGGCCAUCUAAUAUAAUUGUCACUGUUGUGUUUAACUGUAUCCAGCUCCUAUCUA